AUGCCCGUGAACCCACCCCCUGACGUCAAGCUUCCCGUGGUCGUCUGGGGGAACGGCGCCUGUUUAGCAAACGGACUCCGGUUCCAGGACUUCCUGACCGAGAUCGCGUCCCACGGCUAUAUAGCCAUCGCGUCGGGCGCGCCCAACGGCACCGGAAACACCACUUCCCGAUGGAUGACCGACAGUAUCGACUGGGUCGGCAAACAUGCCGGCAAGGGCAGGUACGCCACAGUCGAUGCGAAAAGGAUCGUCGCGGCCGGUCAGAGCUGCGGCGGUCUCGAGACCUACGAUCAGAAGAACGACCCGCGCAUCAGGGGGCUGGGCAUCUUCAACUCUGGCCUGCGGAAUAACACGAUGGCGUGGCAAACGUCACAAAGCCCGUGUUUUACUUUUUGGGCGGGCGAGCGCGACUACAAAAACUUACCGGCGGGCACCCCCAGCUGGAAGGGAAACCAGCCUGUGGGGCAUGCUGGUACCUACCGUCAGCUUUACGGGGGAACAUUUGGUGUCGCGGCCGUCAAGUGGCUGGAUUGGUUGCUGAAGGGUGAUGCGACCGCGGCCGACUUCUUCAAGGGGGAUGGAGCAGUGGCUGCCGGGUGGGUUGUCGAGUCCAAGAACCUGGAUAAGGUUCCUGUUGCUGCAGCUCCAUAA